AUGGCCUGUGUGUUAUUCCAGAAAAAGAAGGAACAGCCAUCUUUAAAAACCUAUCAGAAGAUUCCUGGAAUAAAUGGUGGAAUAAAUGGUGGAAUUAAUGGUGGAAUAAAUGAUACAAUAAAUGAUAGAAUAAAUGGCGAAAUAAAUGAUGGAAUAAAUGGUGAAAUAAAUGAUAUAAUAAAUGGUAGAAUAAAUGAUAGAAUAAAUGGUGGAAUAAAUGAUAGAAUAAAUGGUAGAAUAAAUGGUAGAAUAAAUGAUAGAAUAAAUGAUAGAAUAAAUGGUAGAAUAAAUGAUAGAAUAAAUGAUAGAAUAAAUGGUAGAAUAAAUGAUGGAAUAAAUGAUAGAAUAAAUGAUGGAAUAAAUGAUAGAAUAAAUGACAGAAUAAAUGACCAAAUAAAUGAUAUAAUAAAUGGUAGAAUAAAUGAUAGAAUAAAUGAUAGAAUAAAUGGUGGAAUAAAUGAUGGAAUAAAUGAUAGAAUAAAUGAUACAAUAAAUGAUACAAUAAAUGAUGGAAUAAAUGAUAGAAUAAAUGACAGAAUAAAUGAUAGAAUAACUGAUGGAAUAAAUGAUAGAAUAAAUGACAGAAUAAAUGGUAGAAUAAAUGAUGGAAUAAAUGGUAGAAUAAAUUGUGGAAUAAAUGGUGGGAUAAAUGGUAGAAUAAAUUAUAGAAUAAAUGAAAGAAUAAACGGUAGAAUAAAUGGUGGAAUAAAUGGUAGAAUAAAUGAUAGAAUAAAUGGUAGAAUAAAAGGUAGAAAAAAAGGCAGAAUAAAUUGUGGAAUAAAUGAAUGA